AUGCACGCUGCUGCCUCCAAGUGCCGAGGCAACCUCAGGGUGGCGAACAGGCCGACCACCUGCCCCGGGGUCCGCGGCAGGACGACGAGGACCAUCGUCCCCAAUGCUGCGACUGCUGCGAACGGCGGCGCUGCGUCCUCGGACGCGGGCGAGGCGGACGUGGGCGUGGUUGGCGUGGGGUUGCAAGUUGCGCGCGUGUCGCUCAUCUGCUUCCUGCUGACGGUCCUGCCCUGUCAGCUGGUGGACGGGCAGGUCGGCGUCGGGGCGCUGUCGAGCUUCGUUUUGUAUUUCAACCACUUCGCGCGCGGGUGUGUCAGGAGGACGGUGUCGCCCGCGAACCGACGCGGGGUCCUGUCCAACCUGGGCCUCACGAUAGUAGUGCUCAUAGCUGCGGCCGCGCACCUGGCUGCUUGUUUCGAGGGGUACCCGCAGCCGUACUCGGUGGAGCGCGCGGGCGUGGUGGUGCAGGCGGGCAAGUGGGUGUUGACGGUGAUGGGCUUCACGCUCAUGGCCGCGGGGUGCAUCGUGCAGUGGGCGAGCGUCGAGCUGCUCGGACGCGCGUUCUACGGCGACGCACCGCCGACGGCGCUCGUGACGGACGGGCCGUACCUGCUGGUGCGGCACCCGGCGGCGCUGGCCACCGUCACGCUGCUGGUGGGCUUCUGCCUGUCCCGGGGAGGGUACGUGACGGCGGGCGCGCUCGGGCUCGUCACGCUCCUGUACUACCGCUUCUUCGCGGGGCGGGAGGAGCGGGCCCUCGCGGAGGCCUUCCCCGGGAAGUACGACGCAUACAAGAAGGACACUCCGCGGGGGUUGUGA